CCAAUAAAGCAUGUAUCUUGCUCCACUUGUUCAAGCUUCCAUUAUCCCUGCACUUCCAUGAGGUAUGCCCGCCUCUCAUUCCAUGUAAAUUGAUAUAUGUACACACACGCACAUGUAUAUAUGCAUCUAUAAUUGUAUCUCUUCCUGCACAGAAUUGAGACUCUCAAUCUUCUUGCUCAGGCCUCUAUAUUGUAAGUAGUAUCCAUGGCGUCCUUGAAGUUGGUCAUUGCAGCGGACGCAGUUGGUUCAAAUAAGUUUAAUUUUCCCGUUAGUCCGAUUCAGUUGCCUGAUUAUUGCGCCAUUUCGUCAAUUAUUACUUGUAUGCACAGAGCUUGUGUAAUCACAUCUUUGAAUGGAGUAAGGCAUGUUAAGGUCUCUCGUUUUGAGAACGAAGGGCACCGAAUUGAUGAUGGCGUGGUUUGUUCCGAGGCAAAUGGGGCUUCAAUUGAGCAAAAACAGAACCCUAGUUUUAAACAUGAAAUUAAGAGGAGAAACCAGAGUGCAAAGAAAGGGGCAAAGAAGAAUGUUGGUUUCAAGUUUAGUUUAAGAAAUGUUAGCAGUGAAUUAGAAAGGGAGAAUAUUUUUGUCAAUGAUAACGAAUUGGAUGUAAAUUACUCUGCUAUUAGUUCUGGGUUGAGCAUGGAGCAUUGCAAUGCUAUAUUAAAACGACUAGAAAGAAGCAGUGAUAGGAAUACUUUGAAGUUCUUCGAAUGGAUGGAGAGUAAUGGGAAAUUGGAAGGGAAUGUAUUGGCUUAUAAUUUGGUUCUUAGAGUGUUAGGUAGGGAAGAAAAUUGGGAGAGAGUGGAGGCAACAAUUAAGGAGGCAAGGAAUCAUUUGGGUUGUGAGCUUAAUUUUCAGGUUUUCAAUACUGUUAUAUAUGAGUGUUCAAAAAAGGGGUAUGUUAAGCUGGGUGCAAAGUGGUUUCGUAUGAUGUUGGAGUUUCGUGUGCAGCCUAAUGUUGCUACCUUUGGCAUGCUCAUGGGUCUUUACCAGAAAAGUUGGAAUGUUGAAGAAGCGGAGUUUGCAUUUGCUCAGAUGAGAAAUUUUGCAAUUGUCUGUGAAUCUGCAUACUCAGCAAUGAUCACAAUCUAUACUCGAUUGAGAUUGUAUGACAAGGCAGAAGUGAUUAUUGGAUUAAUGAGAGCUGAUGAAGUGGUAUUGAACUUAGAGAAUUGGUUGGUAAUGCUGAAUGCUUACUGCCAGCAAGGUAAGGUAGAGUGUGCUGAACUGAUAUUGGUUGAAAUGCAAGAAGCUGGCUUUUCUCCAAAUAUUGUUGCAUACAAUACAUUGAUUACUGGUUAUGGAAAAGUAUCCAAUAUGGUUUCUGCUCAAAACCUAUUCCAAAGUCUUCAUGAUGUUGGAUUAGUUCCAGAUGAAACAACAUACAGGUCCAUGAUUGAAGGUUGGGGCCGUUCAAACAAUUAUAGAGAGGCAAAAUGGCACUAUAAGGAACUAAAGCGGUUAGGAUACAAGCCCAACUCAUCCAACUUGUAUACACUAAUAAACUUGCUGGCCAAACACGGGGACAAAGAGGGUGCUAUGGAAACUCUUGAUGACAUGCUAAAUAUAGGAUGCCAAUAUUCGUCAAUCCUUGGCACUCUUCUUCAGGCAUAUGAAAAGGUUGGAAGGAUUGAUAUGGUUCCUGUCAUUCUCAAUGAUUCAUUUCGUAAGCAUGUAUUUGUUAACCAGACUUCUUGCUCCAUGCUAGUCAUGGCUUAUGUUAAACAUGGCUUAGUGGAUGAUGCUAUGGAAUUGUUGCGGGAAAAACAGUGGAAAGAUCCAACCUUUGAGGCCAACUUGUAUCAUUUGUUAAUUUGCUCAUGCAAAGAGUUGGGUGAUCUUGAUAAUGCUGUGAAGAUAUACAAGCAAAUGGCAAAUUCUGAUGGCAAGCCAAACUUGCACAUCACAUGCACAAUGAUUGACAUUUACGGUGUCAUGGGUCAAUUUAAUGAGGCAGAGAAACUUUAUUUGAAGUUGAAAUCUUCUGGAGUUUCUCUCGACUUGAUUGCCGUCAGCAUUGUUGUAAGAAUGUAUGUGAAAGCUGGAUCCUUGAAAGAUGCUUGCUCUGUUCUUGCAACCAUGGAGAAGCAGAAAGACAUUGUUCCAGAUACUUAUUUGUUUCGUGACAUGCUCCGAAUUUAUCAACGAUGUGGUAUGCUAGAUGAGCUUACUGAUAUUUACUAUAAGAUUUUGAAAAGUGGAAUCACUUGGGAUCAGGAAAUGUAUAAUUGUAUCAUAAACUGUUGUGCUCGUGCUCUGUCGGUUGAUGAACUUUCUAGAAUUUUUGAUGAGAUGCUCCAGCGUGGGUUUACCCCUAAUACAAUCACCUUCAAUGUCAUGCUCAAUAUUUAUGGAAAAGCAAAGCUUUUCAAGAAGGUAAGGAAAUUGUUUUUGAUGGCUAAAAAGAGAGGCCUGGUUGAUGUAAUUUCUUACAACACUAUAAUAGCUGCUUAUGGUAAAAAUAAGGACUUCAAGAAUAUGGCUUCAACUGUUCAGAAAAUGCAAUUUGAUGGCUUUUCAGUUUCCCUUGAAGCUUACAACUGUAUGUUGGAUGCUUAUGGGAAAGAUAGUGAACUGGAGAGCUUUAGGACGGUCUUGCAGAGAAUUAAAGAAUCAAAACUUUCUUCUGAUUGCUACACCUAUAAUAUUAUGAUCAAUAUAUAUGGAGAGCAAGGAUGGAUUGAUGAAGUUGCAAAUGUGCUGACAGAAUUGAGAGAAUCUGGACUUGGACCUGAUUUGUGCAGCUAUAAUACAUUGAUAAAGGCGUAUGGAAUUGCUGGAUUGGUUGAGGAUGCAGUAAAUUUGGUAAAGGAAAUGAGAGAAAAAGGGAUACAACCUGAUAAGAUAACCUAUACCAAUCUGAUUGCAGCAUUACGGAAGAAUGAUAAAUUUUUAGAGGCUGUUAAGUGGUCUUUGUGGAUGAAACAGAUGAAAUUAUGAAUAGAACCUUUCGGAUAAUAUUUGGCCUAUUGUUUAUGAUUCGCACUAAAGACACAAUGAACUUCAGUCCUCACGUAAAUUCAUGGCUACAUAUUCUGCCCAUGAUUGAUGAUUUUUUACUGAUAGUUUGGGGUUCUGCAUCAAGUUUCCGAAACUGUAAUGGACACCCAAGUGAAACUACCCGUCUGGAGAAUUUGUUGGCAGCAUCUUCUGGUUAAAGCUUGGGAGAAUCCUUACCCAGUUUUCUUUCAUGAGAGUCCAAGAAGUACAACUACUGCAAAUGCAGCCAGCUGAUAGAGUGAGACAUCAGCAUAGAAUCAUUGGCAGAUAUGUAUAAAUAUAUAAAUAUGUGUAGGAGUAGUCUAGUUGAUGCAGUUGGGGCUUCCUGUUGUUAACAGCAAGAGUUUCAGAUUUUCAUUAACAGAAUACUGUUUGUUUCUCCUGGUAAUGAAGGAUUUGAGUGAAGCUGUAUCAAUGUCAAUAAUGUUAGCACUCUUUGAUUCUUGAUCUAUGUACUCCAGACCGUUGUGGCCAA